AUGUGUCCUAACCCUCACUGCCGUAAAGGGUUUAUUAGUACUCCUAAACUGAAUAAGCACUUCCACGCCUCCCAUUACCUCAAGAGGACAAUCAUUUGCCAAGAAUUCAAUUGUGGUAAAGGUUUUCGGACAAAACAAGAGCUUAAAUGCCAUCAAAACAAUCUUCACAGCGAUUACCGACCCUUUGAGUGCUCGCAAAAGGGCUGCGAUUUUAAGUGUAAAACUGAAGGACAACUCAAUUCACACACAAUUCAUAUUCAUUCAGACAUCUAUGCCUUCAAAUGCAAUGAAUGCGAGAAAACAUUCAAAUCUCAAAACAGUCUUAACAUUCAUUUGCGGAUCCAUUCAACUGAAGACACAUUUCGGUGUCGUUACGAGGGAUGCAAUCAAUGGUUCAAAAAUGUUAAAAGACUUCGUAAACACAAGAUAGCGGUCCACAGCGCACACCAGACGUGGUAUACAUGCGAAUGGCCCGCAUGUGGCUAUCGGAAUGAAUGCUCGCAUAAACUUAAAACUCACCGCCGCUUACAUACGGGUGAGCGACCGUUUGAGUGCCGGUGGCCGGCGUGUGGCAAACGGUUUCGUAUAUUAAAGGGUCGCUUAGAUCACGAGCGGAUCCACUCAAAUACGAAGAACUAUGUGUGUCAUUGGCCCGGAUGUGGCUAUCGGUGCGUUCAAAGCGCUAAUCUCACCAAACAUAUGAAAGUACAUCAAAAGUGA